GACUGCGAAGUUACACCUUUUGGGCUUCUCGGGCUCCUGUAGGAGGUUCCCUUUCCCCUGUCUCUUUCUCCGUACAGUCACAGCAUGGAUCCUCUCUCCAACUUUAUUUCGGUGUUCUUGUGUUAGUUCCGUGCUGCUUUUGGGAUUAAUGGUCUUCGACUGGAUUCCGUAACUCGUCUGGACGCCAUGUUUACCACCACCGGCUCUCGGGGCCUCUACAAGGCUCCUCUGUCUAAAGGCCUCCUGCUGGUUCUCAAUGGGCUGACUGUGAUGCUCACCCUGCUGCCACAGUACCAAGAGGUUUUCAUGUACAACCUGCAGGCUUUCACACAGCAGCACCAGGUAUGGAGGUUUUUAUGUGGCAGGCUGGUCUGUCUAGACGUGAAGGACGCCUUCUGUAGCAGCCUGCUCAUCUACAACUUCAGAAUCUUUGAGAGGAGGUUUGGCACCAGGAAGUUUGCUUCCUUCCUGUUGGGUACUUGGUGUCUCUCUGCACUGAUGGACUUCCUGCUGGCUCAGGCUUUCCAGUUUCUGUUUGACUAUGAGGUGGAGGAACUGCCUGCAGGACUGCUCGCUCCAGUCUUCUCUCUGUUCGUGCCUUUCUACCUGUUGAUCCCCAGGAUGCCGGUCACCCAGGUCCUGGGCCACAUCCACAUCACUAACAAGUCUCUGGUCUACAUAGUAGGCUUGCAGCUGUUGACUUCCAGCCCCUUCAUGUGGCUCCUUGCACUCAGUGGACUGAUCUCAGGCGGACUGUACCACUCCAAUGUUCUCUGGUUACAGAAGAUCCUUUUUGUACCCAUCUGGGUGUCUCGUAUUGGACGGUAUAUUCUGGAGCCACUCUUCUCAAGCUCCCAACCAAGCAGUGAGACUCCCCUGGGGAUGGGUGCCACUCUGGAUAUCCAGAGGCAACAAAGGAUGGACAUGCUCGACCAACAGCUGCUGCUGGCCCAGUACAACGAGGCCAGGAGGAACACCAGACCCCAGUCACAGUCUGGGUUGUUACAGUGGACCAGGUUGUUCCCAUCCCUGAGACACAGAGGACAGAACAGACCCCCGAUGCAGCCCAGCCCCCAAGCUCAGACACCCCCAUCCACACAGCCUCCUCUAUUAGACAACUCUCCUGUCGCAGAGGAGCAGGUUGCACGGUUGGUGGAAAUGGGCUUUUCCAGGACUGAUGCACUUGAGGCUCUCAGGGCUUCAAACAAUGAUAUCAACAUGGCAACCAACUUCCUCUUGCAACACUGAGAGAGAGAGAGAGAGAGAAAGAGAAAGAGCUCAGUUAGAAAAACAGAGGUGAAAUGAGGACAGAGAGAGAAAGCAGAAAGAGGAGCAACCAAAGCAGAGGAGCCAAAAGCGAAACGGAGAGGAAAUGUCGGACAGAACAAAACCGUGAACGAUGGAGACAAACGAUAUUUGUACAGAUGAUCUGAAGGCUGUCUCGCUGCUCCCUGAAGCAGUGUUGGGGCUGACCCUAUCUGAACUGAACCCGAUAGCAGGCUGAUUAAUGAAGAAGUGUGAAGCACAAAGUGGGAGACAUUUGCGUCAUAGCUUUCUGAUGGCCGUUGUCGUGUGAAACAGGCGUCAUUGCUCAAGGCAGACGAGUUAGACCUCUAACUCCAAGGGGGAUCCCUUGAAAAAUACACAGAAAACAAACAGGUCAGAGCUUUCUUCACAGUACAUCUUUAAAAAAAGAACCACACACACACACAAGUCUUUAAUCCAGUAGAAGAGAUAUAAAGUGGGUUACUUCUUUAAAACCGAACGGAUGCUGAAGAACACAAAUCAGCUGAGAUCCCACACACCCUCCACAUGGAUACCAACUUACAGCUUUGUGAAAUAGAGUUUUAUAUAACCCGCUGUUAUGUACUGCCACUCUACUUCCAAAAUGGCUACUGUGAAACCAGCAUCUUAGAUUCUGGUUAAAUUUAAGUAUAAGAUGGAAAAACGGAUAAAGCUAAAGGUGAACAAGGUUUUUCACACAAUGGAUCAGAUAACAUUAUGUCAUCAAUCAGGUUUCCAUCUCAUAUUGGAAAAGUCUGAAACAAUAGGAGUGAUAACAGGCACGCAGCACCUGCUAGACGAUUAUAUUUAACUCCAUGAGGAGGUGCAAAGGUCAUGAUGUCAACUUCAAAAUUUAUGAUUUAAAGAAUCCUCGAACACUAUAACCUGGGAUAUCAUGAUUUUAUUACACAGUUGUUCUUUCUUUAUGUUGGCAGUGUUUGAUGGAAGUAGCAGGGCUCAACCCUUUCCUGCUUGAGAUGUUUUAACAAAGCGGUUAGCCUGAUUGACAGCUACUGUAGGAGCCAAAAUUCCUUCGAGCUGAUUGGUUUGGCCCAUUGGAAACUCUACAUUGUUGGUGACAGACGGGGGUGUUUGGCAGGAAACGGGCUAGAUUGGAUAUCUCAGGGUCUGUAAAUGACAUAAUCACAUUUACAGACAUGAGUACAGAUACACAGAUGCACAGUAGCCCUUCGAGUAGGGCAUUUCUCACAUUUCAUGCUCUCAAAUGCAUAUGGUGACACUUCUCAACAUUUUAUUUAUUCUGUCUUAACUGAGUUUGAGUCUUUGCUCUGCCAGCACACUGAAUCAUUGCAAGUCUUAAAAGACUGAUGAUAUUUAUUAUGCAAUAUCAUGAUGAGAAAUGUAUGGAGACUAUGCACUGCAUAGUACCUACUUUGUGUGUGUAUAAAUGUGCAAAACUAUUGUCCAAGAGAAGUAAUGUUGCAGCCACUAUGUAUUGAUGUCAAAGACAGAUGCUAGUUUUAUAUUUUGUGCAUAAUAAUAUUGAUAAUAUUUGACCACUGAGAUGAUCAUUUGGGUGUAUGUAUUUUUCAGAGUGUUAUAAUAGAAUAUGGGUGUGAUGAGGGAGUUGUUGCAUGGACGACUCUCUGAUGAAUUGUAAUGAAUCAUUUGGUCUGUGGAAUAAAUCAACUUGCUUACUGAA